AAAGUUACCUCUAAAUCUUCCCAUAGAAUGAAGACCAGCAAGAAGUGAUCCUUGUUAGGACAGACAGAUCUGGAAGCGUAUGGCCUGUAAACACACCGGGAAAACCUCUGGAAUACAAAGGAGGAAGAAGGAAUACACAGAUGCUUCAACCCGUGAGCAAAAAGAAAGGGUCAGAUACUUUCAUGAUGAUGAUCAUCUCAGCCUAAAUGAUUUAGUCAAGAAUGAAAAGAUGGGAACAGCAGAAAAUCAAAAUAACUUUUUAUGAGAAUGGCAUCUAAGUUUAUGGGAAAAACAGAUGGAGACUAUUGUACUCUGGAUGACAUGUUUGUCUCCAAAGCAGCUGAGAGGGAACGUGUUGGUGAAGAGGAAGAGAAUCAGAGGAAAAAAGCUAUUGCUGAACACCAGAGUCUUGUUGCGCAAAUGGAAAAAUGUCUGUACUGUUUUGACAGCUCUCAAUUUCCCAAACACCUUAUUGUUGCAAUAGGUGUUAAGGUAUAUUUAUGUUUACCUAACUUCCGAUCUCUUACUGAAGGGCACUGCCUGAUAGUUCCUUUGCAGCACCAUAGAGCAGCUACCUUAUUGGAUGAAGACAUCUGGGAGGAAAUUCAGAUGUUCAGAAAAGCAUUGGUAAAGAUGUUUGAAGAUAAAGGAUUGGACUGCAUCUUUUUAGAAACCAAUAUGAGCAUGAAGAAACAGUAUCAUAUGGUUUAUGAAUGCAUUCCUCUCCCAAAGGAAGUGGGUGAUAUGGCUCCCAUCUAUUUUAAGAAAGCCAUAAUGGAAUCUGAUGAAGAAUGGUCUAUGAACAAGAAAUUGAUUGAUCUCUCUUCAAAAGAUAUCAGAAAGUCUGUACCAAGAGGCUUACCUUACUUCUCUGUGGAUUUUGGCGUCCAAGGUGGGUUUGCCCAUGUUAUUGAAGAUCAACACAAAUUCCCUCAUUACUUUGGAAAGGAAAUCCUUGGUGGGAUGCUGGAUUUGGAACCCAGACUUUGGAGGAAAGGGAUCCGAGAAAACUUUGAGGAUCAGAGGAAGAAAGCACUGCAGUUUGCUCAGUGGUGGAAACCAUUCGACUUCACCAAAAAUAUCCCUAUUCUGGACUUUCAAGUGAAUUUCCAUUUAUAUGGUAUGUAGUCUUUUAUGACUGGCUUCUUUCACUUACCAUAUGUUUUCAGGGUCCACCCAUGUUGAGGCAAGUUUUAGGAUUUCAUUCCUUCUUAUUCCGUCAUUAGCAUAAAUUACAUUAACUCAUCUCUAGAUGGACAUUUAGGUUGUUUUCACGUUUUGGCUAUUAUGGAGCAUGCUGUUAUACAGAUUCAUCUACAAGUUUUCUGUUUGGAUAUAUGUUUUCAUUUCUCUUGGCCAAAAUUGAUGGGUCAUAUGGUAAGUCUAUUUAAUCAUUGGAAGAACUUUUAGAUUGUUUUUCAAAGUAGCUGCCCAAUUUUACAUUCCCACCAGCAGUGUGUAUGAGGGUCCUGAGUUCUCCACAUCCUUACCAACACUUUUUACUGCUGACUUUUUUAUUCUAGCUAUCCUAAUGCUAGACAUGAUGAAGGGUGAAGUGGUAUCUCACUGUGGUUUUAUUUUUUAUUUCCCUGAUGAAUUAUUGAUUUUCUGACGAUGACUGAUUUUUCUCUGUUGUUUUUCUACUCUCGAUACCAUUUGUUUCCACUUUAAUCUUUACUACUUACUCCAUUAUGCUCACUUCAGGUUUAUUUUGAUCUUCUUUUCCCAGUCCUUGCCCCCUUUUUUACUGAGAAAAUAGAAGCAAGUAGAAGGAAAUUUCUACCACAUCUAUCAAUAUCCUACUUCCGUACCCAUGUACUCUACUCUUUAUCUUCCUAACUGUAGAUAAAUUAUUUUGUUCUUAUCUAGGGGUCAUUCACUCAUUUGUUUCAGAUUUCAUCCCUUCUCACGUACUCAUCUGCCCCUACUCUCUUUGUACUGUUUGGAUUUUCCCUGACUGUAAGUUUAUUCCUGUGAGCAUGUGAAACAUUUUAUAUCCUAUCAACAGCAAACACUCUCAUCACAACAUCCCUCUCUACCAUUUUUCUUCCCCAGCAGAACUCAUUUUUUAAAAGUCUAUUUCCUCUCCUUCCAUUCUCCUGUUCUUUGUAUGGUUAGAUUUUAUCUGCACCAUUCCACUUAAAUUGUUGAUGUCAGUGUCCUCAGUGGACGUUCUACAUCAGCUAACUGAGUAAUUAUCAGUGCAUUUCUUACUCUGUCUAUAGCAUCAUUAACCUAACUUGAAACACUUUCUUUACCUGCUUCUAAAACACUCUCUCAUUUAUGUCCCUCCCUUGCUGGCUACAUCCUCUCAGUCUCUUGCUGAUUCCUCUUCCUCUUUUCAGCAUCUAAAAGUUGAAAUUCCCCUCCUCAAACAUUAUCUUUUCUCUAUUACACUCACUCUCUCCCAAGGUAAUUUCAUCACUAAAAUGGUCUUAAAUACCAUUUUUAAGUUGGUUCAUUUAUUCAACAAAUCAACAAAUAUUUGACUGUCUUCUACUCCACUCACUGUUCUGCAUGCAUGAUGACACAUUAGUGAAUAAGGCAAAAACCCCUGUCCUUGAGGAGCUUACAUUGUAUCUGGGAAGAUAGAUAAUAAACAUUAGACAUAAUAAACAAAUUACCUAAAAAAUAUCAGAGGUGAUCAGUACUAUGGAAAAAGGAAAACUAGAACAGGAUAAGAAGGAUGUCUCCCAAAUUUAUAUGUUCACUCUGGACCUCUUUACUGAACUCCAGAACCAUACAUCCAAAUACCAACUUGACAUCUGUACUGUAUCUGUGUCUAUAAUAAGGAUAUCUAAACUCAAUUGAAAGCCAGGAGACUUUGCUGAUUUUCUUCCUGAUAUUUAUAACAGCCAUUUAAUUACACCUUAUGGUUAUAUAGGUAAGGAGUUUGAUCAGGGUUCAGCUGGGUGAUUUGUCUCUGCUUCACGAUUUCUGGGGCCUCAGCUAGAGUGACUCAAACUUCUGGAGAUACCUGUGGCCAUAUGUGUAGAGCCUCCAUUCUUCAUAUAGUGCAUGCGGGAGCCUGAAUAGACCAAAUUAGCUGCUUCACUCACAAGCCUAGUGCCUGGACUGGAUGACUGGGAUAGGGACAGGGUGAUAACAAUAGUUUCUUGUACGGAAAUUUCAGGGUAGUUGGACUUGCUCUAUGACAUCUGGCCUCCUCCAGAGCAGCCAUUCUAAAAGACAGUUCCACGAAAUAGGAGGUGGAAGGUGCCACUCUCUUAGGGCCAGGGCCCGGAAAUUAGCAUAGCUUCAUUUUUAGUUUUCUCUUUGUCAAAAUUGUCACAGAGCUUCCCUACUUUCAAGAAGAGGGGAGAAACUACUGAUAAGUAAUUUCUGUUUGCUAAUUGACUUAAAGCCAAGGUAGUGUGUCUAUUAAAAGAAGAAAAAGAGGGGUCACAACCCUUCAUCUAUGAGAGUAGUGUCAAAUAAUUUGUGGCCAUCUUGAAUCCACCAAAGUCCACAUUCUGGCUACAAAUUUACAUUCCACCCCCAUGGAAAAUACAUUCAUAUCCUCCCAAGAAAGUCUUAUUCAAGCAGGGCAUUAAGCUUAGGCUUGAGAUUCAGGAUCCCAUCUACUGAGAUGCAGCUACUCAGGUGCUUUAAAUCUGAAGAUUUUUGAACUUAAGUUGUUUGUACCCCUUACAUUCAUGCAUACAUAUACAUACACAACACACCCCACACAUAAAAUAGUAAGAAAAGAAUACAAUAACUGCAGCAGGUGCAUUCAUUGAAAAAGGCAGACAACUUGAUGCACAUUGUAGUCAUUCUUUACUGGUAAUUCUAAAAUUAAGUUGUGCACAUGUUGCCCAUUGCUUGAUAAGGGCUGCAGGCCUGCUUCUAGAGAAUGACUCUGGGGGGCUUCUUGCUCUGCCCUGUGUACUCUUGGUUCAGCACAGAGUGAGCCUUUCUUUUUAUAAGAAAUAGCUCAAGACUUAAUGCUUUCAGUCCAGACAAAGUAACCACAUUGUCUUCCUGUUUAAAACAACCAAAAAAUAGACAAUAUAUAUGAAAUGAUGGUUCCAAAUGAUGGGCUGUAAUGCAAGAAAAUUUAAUGAUCCCUAAGAGAUGGGAAACAAAUUAAGAUAAGCCCUGCAAUUCCUUAUCUUUCUGCCUUGAGAGUUCCCAUCUUGUGGUACAAGGUGGGGAAUCCAAGGAAAGCUUAGUUGCACUUACCAAAUUGAGGGAAUAGACUGUGAGUCUGGGGAGACCAGGAUGGCAGGUCACUAGAGAGGACAUUGCUGGGCAGAAAGGUAGCUCUAGAGAUGCUCAGGGUCAAGUUUCUGUGCACUGAUUAGCAUGAGAGGAGACUACCCAAGGCCAGGCAAAGAUUGACCUACCUGAGAGGAUUAGAGGUAAACUUUCCCACUAGCUAGAAUAGAAAAUUUCAAGAUUGACCGAAAUUGGGUAGAGUACACAGAACAGUAGUGUGUAUUGCAGCAUAAUUGUCUCAAGACUUAGCACUAUUCCAGUCUAGACAAACGAAACUUAAAAGUAAGAGGCAAAAGAAUUGAACUGUUUCCAUGUAACUUAACUACAUCCCAGGAUAAAACUUCAGAAUAUUUAUAGGAAUAAAAAUAUAUUCAGUGGUCUGUCAGGGUCCAGGGGUUGCAUUUGAGGUUUUGGGGCAACGCAAAGAGCAAAGAAGGGUGCUCAAGGAGGCCACUUUAUUCUGCACAAAGCUGUGCUUCUUAUACUGCUAUACUGCUAAUUCAUGGUUACAUAAGCGUUUUAAGAUGUGCAUGCCUGUGGCCUUCAUGACCAGGCAUCUGGCCUUCAAGGCCCUUAUCUAGCUCCUUUCCCAUGGGUACAACAGGUUUCUCAAGGCCAGACAUAUCUGGCCUUGAAGCAGAUAUGGGGUGAAGCAGUGGCAGCUGUCCUCAUAGAACAGUGGGGAGGGGGAAUCUUCCCUACAUCCCACUCCUUUCUAUAGGACAGCAGCCGCCUGCUUCUUUCUUGCACACAAAGCAGAGCCCUGUGCCCAGAGCCCACAGAAACAAUCUAAAGAACAGCAACAGACAAGGAGACUGCUUGUGUUCCCAUGAUUCCUUCAGUAGCCAGUAAGGCAGCAUACACUGUUGCCAGCUGUUUCUCCAACAGCAAAUAGUGAUUCUCAGCGCCCUUCCACAACUGAGACCAAAAUCCUGUUGGGACUUGGCGGACCUCUUGAUUCUGCCAUAAUCCCCACCUGCACCCAUCUGUGCUGGCAGACACUGUCAGCAGGAACGGUGUGGAGGGGUCAGUGACUUGCAGCGCCUGGGCCUGAGCCACUGCUCUUUUUGUCUCUGCAAAAGCCUUUUCUACCUCUGGCGUCCAGUCCCAUGCUUCCCCUCACUUUAUAAGGCGAUGCAGUGGCUUCACCAGCACGGCUAAGUGAGGGAUAAACGUUCUCUAAUACCCCAACAAGCUCACAUAUGUUUGUAGCUGCUUAACAGUUUCUGGGUGGGGGUACUGUUGUAUUUUAUCAAUCACUGCUUCAGGUAACACUUUGUCUUACCCGACUAGACAACACCCAAGAACAUGACAGAGUAACCAGGUCUCUGCACCUGGUCUUUGUUGGCCUAUCCCCACCCCCGGAGGGCCUGGUGCAAAUUGUGAGCCACAGCUUCUAGAUCUUGGAGAGAAUCAGAAGUCAACAUUAUAUCAUCUAUAUAAUGGAACACUUGAACCGAGGGUGGAUGGAACCAGGUGGCCAGGUUACUAGCCACCAAGCCAUGACACAAAGUAGGACUGUGCAGGUAUCCUUGUGGGAGGACAGUGAAUGUCCACUGCCUGCUCUCCCACGUGAAGGCAAACUAACUGUUCCUGGCUUUCUGGUGCAAUGUCAAUGGAAAAGAAGGCAUUAGCCAGAUCCAACACAAAGUAUAAGUUCCCAAAGUCACAGUCAGUUCAUCCAUCAGGUCAGUAAUGUUUGGUACUGCAGCGUGCAGCAGGGGAGUCACUUUAUUUAGUUCCCGAUAGUCCACUGUCAUUCUCAAAGUGCCGUCAGGCCACAUGGGUGAAUAAAAGGUCUGUGUGCUGGGCGGAUGAUGUUUACUUCCUCUAACUGCAAAAUGGUUUGGCUGAUUUCCUCCUGUCCACCAGGCAGCCGGUAUUGUUUAACGUUCACUGGUUCACUGGGCGGGUGGCUUGUGGCAACACUAAAGGUGUGUGGUGUGGAUGACCUUGCCGCACUGUUUUCACAACACACACACACACAAGUGAAACUCUCCCAGAGUCAUUUUAUUUGCAUUGUUAGACAGUGUAGCACAUCCACCCCUAGAAUGUAUUCCACUAUCAGAGGUACAUAAACCGCAUACUGAUGUGGGGGAAGGUGCCCAAUUCUCAGAGUCACAGUCACUUGCCGCACCUGCACUCGCCAUAUGACUGCAAAGGGGCCCCGGAAUCUAUCCGGGUUGCCAUGAAGGAGGGUGGAGUUAGCACCCAUAUCCACCCAUGCCAACACUCCCUAUACAUUCUGUGGGGACCAGUGAAUGGCAAGUUCAACAAAUGGCCUCUGGUCCUGCGGUGUCCCAGUAUACCAGGUACCUCGGCCCCACCCCUAGCCAGGGAGGAAGUCAGUGCUUGGGGCGCGGGUUCAUGGUCCGCCACAGCGCUCUCCUGCACCUGCUUUGGGGGCAGUGGGCGAUAGCGUUGGUCUGGACGCUACUGCUCCGAUAGUCCCAUCAAGACCUCUAAAGGCUGUCCAUCAAGCUUUUCACGAGCCAAUCCAGCAGCCAAAAUGUAAGUCCGUACCUGUCUGCGGCUCACUUUCAGCGGUCCUACCGCAGCCACCCCUGGCGCCGUUUUCGCCGUGGCUCUUUUAUUUAUUUUCUCCUUGUGCUACUUUAUUUACUGCAGUAGUUAUCACUUUGGUUUCUUCAGGUCGCUCUACUCAUACGUCUCCCAAGUGAGCUAAAGCUGACACACAUUGUGUUCUCAGCGCCCUCAUCUCAGUCAGAACAGCCAGGCAGGCACAGGUUCCCCCAAAUGUUGCGUACCCUGCCUGGCCAAAUUCUGCAAUUCCAUGGCUGUGUACUUCGUUUUCUGGGUAGCUGUCUGGGGGUCACCCGGCUGCCCUCUUGUGGCUACAGGUUCCUGCAUCCCCCCAGGUGGCCGCACAGUGGAGCAGCAUGCAAACCAAUGAUGCUGCGCUGCACUCUGGGCCUCCUGCCCCCGACGAGUAUAGGGCAGUUGAUCUAUAACAUACAUUUGGGAGCUACCAGUCGUUGCUCAAAGUCCUCCUCCUUCCGGUGGAGACUCUGCACUCGCUACUGCAACUCCACAGUUUUGCGAGCAGCAUGGCGGAUGACCGUGAGGAACAUUCAUGCCCCUUGCCCAGCCGAUUCCCUGUGGGUCUGAGGGACUAGGGACUCUAGCAUUUCCAAUGCCAUCUGUAUAACCUUUGAAGUCAGCUGUAUAGACUCCCAAUUCUCCAGUGCCGGCUAAGCGGUCAAGAGCGUUGCCACCAGGUACCAAAAUAGAGGCCCGGGGUCACAUUUCCUCCACCCACCCCUCCGUGUCCAGGGGAGUCGAACGACUGUUGCUCUCCCAACCAUGUACCUCAUCUUGCUCACAGUGCCAAGUGUCGGGGUCUGGGGGUUGCCUCUGAGGUUUUGGGGCAAUGUGAAGAGCAGAGAAGGCAGCAGGUGUCAUCAUGGAUGGUGCUCAAACAGGCCACUUUAUUCUGCACACAGCUGUACUUCUUAUACUGCUAUACUGCUACUUCAUGGUUACAUAAGUGUUCUAAGGUGCGCAUGUGUGUGGUCUUCAUGGCCAGGCAUCUGGCCUUCAAGGCCCUUAUUUAGCUCCUUUCCCACGGGUACAAGAGGUUUCUUAAGGACAGACAGACAUCUGUGGUGAAGCCAAGGGCAGCUAUCAUAGAACAGUAGGGGAAGUUGGGGGGGGGGGGUCCUUUCCUACAUAGUCACAACAUAAAUUUCAAAGUGUCUGUCGUCCAGUCAGAAACUACCAGGCAUGCAAAGUUAGGCACUGAAAAGGCUUACAUGGGUAAACAAAAGAUUUUUUUUCUCCUCUCCAAAUCUCUUUAUUGUUUAAGCAAAAAAAAGUAGUGUGAGGUUUAUAACAUAUGUAAAAGCAAAAUAAAUGACAAUAAUAGUGCAAAAUUGGGAAGGGGCAAAAUAGAAGUAUACUAUUAUAAGGUUGUUACCCUAUACCAGAAGUGUUUAAUAUAACUUGAACAUAGACUGUGAUGAAAAUGUAUAAUUCUGAACUCUAAAGUAGACCCUAAGAUGAAAAGCAAGCAAAUGAAGUUUUAUAGCAGUCAACCAACAAAGAAGAUAAAAUGGAAGAAACAUAGAAAAAGAAAAGAGAAACAAGGUACAGAUGGGACAAACAGAAAACAAAUAGGUGAUAGAUUUAAACCUAAUAAACAUCAUAUGAAUAAUAUUUUUUUUAUUGCAGAGCAAAUUACCACAAACUCAGCAGCUUAAACCUACACACAUUUAUUAUCUAACAGCCUCUGUGGGUCAGGAAUACAGGCAUAGCUUGACUGGGUCCUCUGCCUAAGGUCUCACCAGGCUGCAAUCAAGGUGUCAGCCAGGACAGAGUUCUCAUCUCGGGGCUGAACUGGGAAAAGAUCCAUUUCUGCACUUAACAUGGUUCUUUGUAGAUCUCAGUUCUUCGCAAGUAGGACUUAAAGCAUUGGUUUUUUGCUGGUCUUUGGCCGCAGGCAACCUUCAGGUACCAGCAGUUCCUUACCACAUGGGCUCCCCAACGUAGCUGCUUAAUCCCUCACAGCCAGCAAAGGAGAAGGAAAUUCCAGCAAGAUUGCCUGUGAAGUCUUACAUGACGCAGUCACAUAAUCACCUACUCUGUUGCCAUAUACUGUUGGUUAGAAGUAUGUCACAGGUCAUGUCCACACUCAAGGCCAUGGGAGCACAGAGGAAGUGCCCAGGAUCAGAAGAGGGUGGAGGCCACCCAGAGUUGGUCCACCAAAAAAUGGCACACCACAUUUAAUAACGUUGAAACAUUAUUCUUUCAUUUCUCCCAUCUUGUCCUUUGUUAUCCUACUUUUUACUUCUUAUCUGUUAUAAUUCACAGAUACCUUGUAAUUAUUUUUGCUUUAAACACCUAAUUUUAUUUAAAGAGAUUUUUUUAAAUGAGGAUAUUUAUUCAAAUAUUUGCUCUUUUCAGUACUCUGCAUUCCUUUGAGUUGAUCAAAAUUUACAUUUGGUGUCACCUGAGUAAAUGGACAUAAAACAAGUUUGAUUUUUUUUCAGCCUUGCCUAUUCUGUUUCCUGCUGUUUCUAGUUUAUUUACUGAUUCUGUAGCAAUGCUGUAUGCUCAUUUUUAUUUUGUUUGCUCAUUUUUUGUAGCUCAGUGAUCUCCAUGUUCUUUUAUUUUAAAUCAUUGUUUUUGAGCUUUUUUUUAUAUUCAGAUUUUUAUCAAGUUCUUCAAGAAGCAACAUAUAGAAAUUUCUUUUGCAGAGUUUUCUUUUAAUCAUGCUCUUUGUAGUUUGCAUGCAUUAUUCAGCUCAUUUGUACAUUUAUUCUUUUACUAAUAUUUUGCCACCGUGUGUAUGCAGAGCAGCCAGGAUGUUUCUUUUUGUCUUGCUCAUGCUUGGAGGUCUUUGCUAGACUUCUCUCUGUAGUUUGAGGCCUAGGUAAAUCAUAUUCUUGUAGCUUAGGAAAUUGUGGGGAACCAUGGUGAGUGGAGGGUGGUUGAGAUUGUUUGUUUUGUUAGAAUUGUUGAACUCUGUCACCUUUCUCUGAGAUAUUAAAUAUUCUGUGUCAGAGUUCUUAUUAUCUAGUUAGGAAUCUUUCCCAUUCCCAUUGGGGAAGAUCUGUGGGAUUUAAGUUACUUCUGUGAGAAACACACUCACUGAUCCAAACUCAGUAAGUGGACAUGCAGGCAAAGAGAACAGCGAAGCGAGGCUUAAAUGACAGUCUUGCAACAUCAGGUGUCUGGUGAGGAGGCACACCUGAGGCCAUUGGUGCAAGUAAUUUAUUCCCUAGCACUUGAGUCCCUCCCCUGGUUCCUCACUGGCUGAGUACUAUAGACAUUCUUUCCCGGAUGUCGCCUAAGCCAAUUAUAUCCAAAUUGGGCCUUCUCUUACAUUUGUCUCAAUUUUGUUGGUAGGUUUAAAAAACUCAAACAGGUAUAACCAGGCCCUUACCAAUCACCCACCCACUCCAAACCCCACUCUCAGCUUGAGCAGCUUCCUGGCAUAUUUUCCACCAGAUGCCCCUUUAAUACCUUACUGUUAAAAUGUUUAAACCUCCUGGUGGGAAUAAAUCACAUUUAGGUUUUAUGCUUUUUCUAACACUUCCCAAUUCCAUUUGUAGCACUGGAGCAUUCACUUCAAAAGUCUGCUCCACUGUUCACUUUGUCCUAGGUUAGCCCAUUAACCUUCAGCCAUUUCCACUGUUUUCUUAAUAAGAAAAAGCAGGCAAAUAAGAGGAAAAUGACAUGACUGUUUCUUUUCAGACUUGGGGAUAUUAGUGACAAUUAUGAAAAUUUAAUAAACUCAUCAAAACCUUAGUUUUAAGUUUUUUUUUGGUAUGUUCCUUAUUUUUUAUUAAGGUAUCAUUGAUAUAAAUCUUACAAAAGCUUCUAGUUUUUAAAUUUAAUUCAUGUAUUCUCAUUCUUUUAUUGAUAUUUUUCUGAUUAACUACAUUUCAUAGAUUCUGAUAGAAAGUAUUUUUGUUAUAAUUCUUACAAAUUUUUACUUUUAGUUUACAUUUCUCAUUUUAUCUAAGGAUUAUUUGAAAUAAUGUUUAUUAGUUUCAAUUGAAGAUAAUUGUUGCAUUUUGAGUUUGUUAAUAAUUUCUGAUAUUACUUGGUUGUGUUAAAGAAUUCUUUCUGGUAAUAUUUCUACUUUAUGGAACUUUGUGACCUUGUAUCUGAUCAAUUUUUGUAAAUGGCCUAUGCAUUUAAGGUGUACAGUCUAUUAUCAGGAUGUAAAAUUUGAUUUAUAGUCAUAAGGUCUAAUUGAUUAUGUUGUUUAGGUUUUUUAUAUGCAUACUCACUUUUUGUCUAAUUCUGUCUUUCACUUUGUUUUGCUUGUUAAUUUUCCUAUUAUAGUGCAUUUCUAUCUUUGCCUGUAUAUCCUGUAGUUUUUUGCUUUACAAUAUGAUGGUGCAGUGUUAUUUGGUACAUACAUAUCCAUAUGUGUUAUGUCUUUAUUGUAAAAUUCUGGUUUUUGCAUUAAAAAGGGUCUUUGCCACA